UAUGGAAAGAAACAGUCGUAAAAAUUCUCUAAGAAAGGAAUUAGCCGAGAGCGAAGUUCGUUGGUUCUAUUCUGAGCCAUUUAAAUCUCAAGAAUGGGUUUCCUUUAUGGGCAAUGAUUCGUUAAAUUUAGAAAGAAGUUAUAGACAAUUCAUCGGAGACAAUAAAGAAUUUUCAAAGGUUCUAGUUCGUGGCAAUCUUUACGAAGUUGAUUUAAAAUUAAAGCAAUCCUCUCCGAUAUUUUGGUCAAAAAGAGAAGAGGAUGAAUGCCAAAUUCGAAGAGGAACGUGGUUUAAUGACAAUUGGGAACCUUUAGAUGAAGCAUUAUCCGAUGUUAUCGAAUAUCAUCAUAGAAUAUAUAUAUCAAAAAAUGAGAAUAAAGUUGGAAGAUUCGAAAGAUUCAAAAGUACUGUUCAAGAAGUUAUUCAAGGUCCAUAUACGAUUUUAAUAGAUCAAAAGAAAGUAGAAUGGCAUUCAGAACAUGAAGUAUUCUUAAUUGACGACCAAGCAGGCGCAAAAUUAAUUAAAUCAUUAACAAUCAAAAUUGGUUUAAGUAGAGCUGGUAUGAAACUACAUAGAGGAUUUAUAGAUGAAGCAUCCGAGUUAGAUAGAUUACCCGAAGUUUCACAUUUAGUAUUAGUCGUUCAUGGCGUAGGUCAAUAUAUGCUUAAAAAGAAUUUAACUAAAGAAGGUGACAUUAUUGCCUCAACACUUACAUUAAAGAACGCAUGUUCAAGUAUACUUCAAGACGAUUUAGAAGGUAAAUAUAGAAUAGAAUUUUUACCAAUACAAUGGCGAAACAAUAUUGAACUUGACGAAGAUUAUUUUAGUAACAUUACUCCGUCGAAACCAAGAGCAGUAAGAGACGCUAUACAAUCUACAUUCAUCGAUCUUUUAUACUAUAUGUCGCCAAUAUACAACUUAAAAGUUUUGAAUAGCUUAAAGAAUGAAUUUAAUAGAAUUUAUAAGUUAUUUAGUAAAUAUAAUCCAGAAUUUACAAAAAAAGGAAAAAUCUCAAUUGUGGCUCACUCUUUAGGAGCAGUAAUGUCUUAUGAUCUACUUAUGAAUUGGAAUCCCUCUAAAGCAUUUUCUACCUAUCUUCAACAAAAUAGGACUCAGCAAACUAAUGGAAAAUCCACUAAGAAAGUGGGGAUAAAUUUGUAUCCAUUGAUAUCAGAAGGAUUUAUACCUCCAAAAUUAUGUAUGGAAAGAGAUUUAUUCCCAAGUUCAGCGUUCAAAAAUUUCUUGAAUGUCUAUCAUCCUUUAGAUGCAGUGGCCUAUCGAAUAGAACCUUUACUUAGAGAUAAAUAUAAAGAUUACAAACCUGUAAAAAUAAGGAAUAUUGAUGAAAAAUUUUGUACAAUGUUAGAAUAUAAUCGGAUGCCGUUAAUGAGGUUAAAACGAAAUAGAAAAGGUUCAACAGAUUUAUCAACAGUAACAAAUAUUAAAAUUCGAAGACGUUUCAAGAACAAUGAUAUUUUAGGUAUAAAUAAUAUACUUAGAAAAUUAAAACUAACUAAGGAAGAUAAUCUUGAAAAAAUAAGGAAGAAAGUAGAUGAUAAACAGAUAAAAUUAUCAAAAAAUUCUUCUUCCGGUUUAAGAACUUCAAAGCGUAGUUUUGAUUUACCGAUUAUUAGUUGUUUAGAUGCGGAAAGUGAAGUUGAUACAUUUAAGGAUGAAAUGAAAGAUAGGCAAGAAGCAACCGUUGCAGAAACCUUAGGAAUUGCUGGUCUUUUGGGUAAUAUUCAUAAAAAAAGUUAUAGGAAGCAAGUUGAAAAGAAUAGUCGAGAAGAAUUCGCUGAGGAAAAUUUGCAAAACUCCCGAGAAAAAUCUGAUUCAUCUACAGAAUCUUUCGAGGAAAUGAAUCGUUUAAUGAAGAGAUAUGAUUUUGAAUUGAAAGAAACGACAUUAGAAAAUAAUCUUUUCUCGCCUAUAUCAGCAGUUAUGGCACAUUUAAACUACUGGAAUAAUCCAGAUCUUGCCCUGUUCAUCCUACAGCAAUUAACAUCCGAUAGUUACAUUAAAGAACAAUUAAAGAAUAUCCAUAAGCUUUAA